AUGUCGUCCCGCAAGAGAAAGGCUGGCGAGGAGGAAGAGCUCGUCAGCCUCCCGUCCGGCGACGAGGAAUCCGAAGAAGAAUAUGUAAGCGACGAGGAGGACGAGGAGGAUUAUGAAGAUGAUGAGGAGCAGGAAGAGGACGACGAGGAGGCUCCCGCUGAAGACAAAGCGCCUCCGGCGAAGAAAGCAAAGACCGCGCCCGCCGAGGAACAGGAGGAGGAGGAGGAGCCCGAGGAGGAGGGCGAGGACGAGCAAGAAGAGCCCGAAGACGAGGGCGACGAAGAGGCCGGUGGUGCCGAAGACGACGACGACGCCGCCGAGGUCGUCGGCAAUGGCACCGAGAAGGCCAAGGCCGACGUUGCGGACGCUCCCGAGGCCGCUGGGGAGGAUGAGGCCGAGGCCGUUGCAGGCGAGGGUGAUGAGGAGUAA